GACGGAUGGAUGGAAGGCUCAGUGGACCUUGACCCCUUUUACCAGAGAUUCAGCUUCGGCUGCGUUACCGCCGCUUACCACUUCUUAAUGGCACCUAAUAUUACCCGACUAAUGGUAGGGCCAGCCUGAGGAGGAGGAGGAUUAUAGCCUCUCAGCCAGUAAAUGAGCCCUGAACAAAAAUGCCUGGGAGCAAGCUGCGAGUUUGCUUGCCUUUUCUCUCCUCAUCCUCCCCGUAGCCAGAAAUGCAACAGGUGAAGCUUCACCCUUCGCAGCCCCACCACGUGGGCUGCUAUAGAAACUAGCCCAAUAUUUGGCCACGUGGAUCGACACGCCCUCCCUGCGAGACGAUUGGUCCUCCUGGCUCCCCCCCCCCGGCGUUCUGCAUCCCCCCUCCUCCCCGAGCCUCCUGGCCUUAGGCGCACGCGCGCUCUCGGCUUUCCUCUGGCGUGCCUUGCAGCGGCGACGCGUCGGAAAAGGAGCGCUUCAUUGGCUCCCGAGUGGCGGCUGCCAUGAACGGCCUGCGGAGCGUGGCUGCGGCGCCGUCUGCUGCUCGCCUGCUUCUGGCUCCGUCUCUCAGCAGCUUGCAGACUCUGUUGCACGUCGGAGGCUGCCUGUCACUCUCCGAAUUUCCAUUCUCAAGAGACAUCCCUUACUUGGCAUUAACAGUUUUUAUCUUGGAUCAAAACUGUUUCUGGGUACAGAAAAAGACAGGGAAUUCUGCCCUCAGGAUGCAGGCUACCUGACAUCAGGAACACAUUGCAGCUGGCGAUGUUUUGAGAAGCCUCAGCCUUCAAAGAAGGAGGGGUAAAGUGGCUGCAGUUACUUCAUCCUUUGCUGCCCUGCCAUGUGAUUUUGGUGCUGCUAAGAAAGGGUUUCUUUCCGCUCUUCUUCCUCUUCUGCCAGCAACAGCCUUUUACCGACAAUGGCAACGCGAAAGAGCCCAGGUGCGCUUUCUACAGCAGGGAUUCAAGGGAGCACCCGAGCAUUUCGAAAUUGGAGCAGAAGUGUUGCUGGCGAAAGAAUGGAGCGAUGAAAGAAUCCCAGUCUUCACCUCUUGGACUGGGACCUGAAUCAAGGAGGGAGGACCAGAUCAUCUCCUACCUGAUGAGGUCAGCUGUUCAAAGGGACCUGGACAUAUUCAAAGCAGCUGCCGCGAGUUAAACACUCUGUUUGUAUGCAUGGAAUGAUAAAGCAAGUGUGAAAAAAGGUUGUAUUUUGCACACCCAUGAGGCAUUCCCUCCCUGCUUUUGUGAUGUAGAGUUCACAGCUUUAAUUGCAAAUCUUUCAUUAAUCCUGCAGAUUGUGACCCUUCAGCACUUUUGUUAAAAUGGCUAGUUAAACAUGGAUACAAACGGAUCUUCAUUUUGUCCGUAAUUCAUUUAUUUGGAAGAAACUUACAAUGCAUUUGCUGGAAGACACGUUUAGUGCUGAAUGAACUGAUAUCUUCAACUCUUGUUAGCUAGUGCCUAAAUGGUUACAGAUUCUGUCAUGUCUGGAUCAGCAUUGCUGAGAUCUUCCUGCAUGCGGAUCAGCUUGUUAAAGCCAAUGGAUAUGUGAUUGCCCCCUGGACUAUGACCACAGGAUAUAUCAGUGGCGGUCUAGGGAGCCACCGAUAUGUUAGAUGGACUCGGGAAGACAGCGGAGAGGACUAUACGAAGAGUGAGGUCUACGCGGAGGAUGAGCGGGGCAGGCAGCACCGGUUGACCCCUUUUGAGAAACUUACCCUGGAUAUGUCCCAGGAUGAAAAGGUGGUGAAAGAACUAACUCUUGGGAAGAGGAUUGGGUUCUACCGCAUCAGAGGGGAAAUAGGGAGUGGGAAUUUUUCCCAAGUGAAGCUUGGAAUUCAUGCCCUGACCAGAGAAAAAGUAGCUAUCAAGAUUUUGGAUAAGACAAAAUUAGACCAGAAGACACAGCGGUUACACUCCCGUGAGAUUUCCAGCAUGGAGAAGCUACACCACCCAAACAUCAUCAGGCUUUAUGAGGUCAUGGAGACACUUUCCAAACUGCACCUGGUGAUGGAAUAUGCCAGUGGAGGUGAGCUCUUUGCUAAGAUCACGACAGAGGGAAAGUUAUCGGAAAUGGAGAGCAAGCACAUCUUCUCCCAAAUUGUGUCUGCCAUUAAACACAUGCAUGAGAGCAACAUAAUUCACCGGGACCUGAAAGCUGAAAAUGUAUUUUACACCAGUGACGCCUGUGUGAAAGUGGGAGAUUUUGGAUUCAGCACAAUAAGUAAAAAAGAGGAAAUGUUGAACACUUUUUGCGGCUCUCCUCCUUACGCCGCCCCGGAACUUUUCAGGGACGAAAGCUAUGUUGGAGCUUAUGUGGACAUCUGGGCACUAGGAAUUCUUCUGUAUUUUAUGACAACUGCAGUCAUGCCCUUUCGAGCAGACACAGUGGCCAAACUGAAGAAGACCAUUCUUGAAGGGAUAUAUGUAUUGCCGCCGUUCCUCUCGGAACCUUGCCGGAAGCUGAUUCGAGGAGUUCUUCAUCCAUUACCAUCAGAACGUUAUUCCAUUGAGUACAUUAUGAACAGUGAAUGGAUGAAGGGAGUACAGUAUCCCAAGCCCAUGAAAUCAUUUAAACUGGAUCCAAAGUACUUGUCGGAGAGCAGAACACUCGGUGAGGAAGAAGCCGAAGUGAAAAACAUCCUGAACCAUUUGGGAAUCGCAGAGGAGCACAUUCAGAAUAAUCAUGGGAGAGAUUCUCACAGCUCAAUAACUGGGAUCUACCGAAUUAUUUUGCACAGAGUACAAAAGAAAAGGGCCAUGGAGGCUGUUCCUAUAAUCAGCCAACCAGAAUCCAGAGAGCAUGAAUCAAAGAAAGCUCAGUCUACCUAUCGGGGCCUCAAACACUCAUCUAAGCUCUGUUUGAUUUUAUAAAGAAUGCGGCUGUGUUGGUGUUCAGCAAACCUUACUGAGUCCUUUUGUUUGGCACCCAUCCAGCUCUCAGCAUUUUUUGUAAUUUUGAAUUAAAUAAAAAAUGAUGUCUUAA